AUGUCUGCCGUCAACGACAAUCUUCGCGAAGUACCAGUCGCUUCGACCGUCAUCAAUGGAGAACCCGCAGAGAAGGGUAAACAAAGGGAGGAGCCACUCGUGGAGGACGAGGAGUACUUUCUGCAGAGCAGUUUUGUCUACUUCCAGGUUGAAAACCAUCUCUUCCACAUCCCAAGCUACCGCUUCACCAUGGAAUCCCACGUAUUUGCCGGAAUGUUCAGAUUGCCUCAGUCGAAUGUCUUCGACGUCGAAGGCGCCUCGCGGGGCAACCCGAUCGUCCUCCCCAUUGGAAUAUCUCACGUCGACUUUCGAAACUUCUUGAAGGCGCUCUAUCCCCUGCCAGUCGAGAUCCGACUUUCGCUUUCGAAAGAGGAAUGGCUCUCCGUCUUGAAGUUAUCCAGCUUCUGGUACUUCCUUGGGUUCAGGAAGAUGGCCAUCGCCGAGUUGGCGAACACCAAAGCACUGACGGCAACGGAAAAGAUUACUUGGGGGAGAGACGUCAAGGUGUCCAAAGAAGAAGCCCUGACCAUCGGGUAUGAGACGACAUUCUCCCUCUUCAGACUCCGGGAAGAACGUCUUUCAUCUAGGAUACCUUCCGUCGUUGAUUCCAUCAGAGCUGAAUUCAAGGCUGAACUGGAGGGUAUUCGGGCAGAAGAAAAAGGGUACAGCACAGAGGAAGACUCGGAAGACAUUAACUUUGAGAAGAACGACGAGAAAUCAGAGCAAGAGCGCGCAGCGAAAGUGAAUGUCAAGGAAACUCCAAAUGGCCCAGGAAUAUUUGGAUCUAGCUCCAUUUUUUCACCUUCGGCUUUCGCAGCUAGUGUCACUGCAUCCCCAGUCUUUCCCUCCACAGUCUUUCCUACUUCCGCCGGAACGGGAACGAAGAAAAAGGCAGGCAGAGGGCAAGUUGCGUAUUAA